GCCGAGUGUUUCCGGACCUGGGGCUCCGUGGUCAUGUUGCUGUCGCUCCAGCAGCACUAACAGCGGCGCGGGCUUUUUUUUAUUAUUAUUAUUAUUCAUUUAUUUAAGCGAGGAAGCUGCGGAUGGAGCCUGCCCAUGGCGCUGCAGAGGAUGCAAAUCUCAGACAUGUAGAAAAGGAUGUUUUGAUUCCAAAACUCAUGAGAGAGAAGGCCAGGGAACUGUGUUCUGAUCACGUGGAAGCCUUUACCAAAUGUUGUCAAGACACAGGUGUUCUGAUGGUGAUCAAAUGCCGAGAGGAAAACACAGCCCUUAAAGACUGUCUCACUCGCUACUAUAAGGACCCAGCAUUUUACGAAGAAUGCAAAGAUGAAUAUUUGAAGCAAAGGGCAGAAUACAGAGCAACAGGAAUCCGUCCUGGUCAAAAGCAGCAGAAGCUUCCUACCAGCAUUUAAAGUCUUAAAUGUCUUGUCUGAAGGUUGUUUUUUUUACUUGUACAUCUCUUUAAAUAAUGGAAUUGAACAGAUGAUACGGCCAUUUUUGCAACCUGAUUGUACUGAAAUAAAUGGAACUUUUAUGCUAUCAUUGUAAACAGUGUACCCUGAAUCCAGGAAUCUAGAUGGUAUGAUUGCAACAAGAGAAUCUUAUCCAAUACCAUUUGGAAACUUUGGGUUUGUACAAUAGAAGUAACUAUUCAAAUAAUGUGCUUCAUGCCUAAUUAUAGAUUGUCAUAGCUAUUGACAUCUUAAGUAAAUGUGUAAUUUCUUAGAGCACUACAUAUUAAAAAAAAGAAGCCCUA